AUGGGUGCAAUGAUCAGCAAGCUUCGCGAUAGGGCCGCCGCACGCCAGCAGGCUGGGGGUCAGUGGGCUGGACCUCAGCAGCAGGGUGGUGCUCAAUGGGCUGCACCUCAACAGGCCCAGUGGGCUGGUCCACCUCAACAGGCUGGACCUCAAAUAGCUCGCCUGCGGUUAUCCAGGGUGUUUUUAUCGCCUAAUCCGCGCAAUAUUGAGGUAUUCCGCGCCAUUGCGGACCACGAAGCGUUCCGCAAGGAUAUCGUAGAGAUCGUCUACGAUGAUGCGCGCCUAACUAGGCCCCCUGUCCUACCACAGAGGGGGACCUACGAAUAUGAACCCGAGGAGGCUUGGGACGAGGAAGAAAGCCUUGAAACUACAGGAGCUCCAUUCUGGUUUGUACAGGCAUGCAAGGACAAUGCGUUUGACUUGAAUUCACGCAGGAUCAGCGAUGUAGAUACCCCGGACCACAUCGCAAGAUCCAAACAAAUCGCGGCACAAAUGACCUACCAGGAGUCGUGGAAUCACUAUCAACACCUACUCCAGCAGCAAGACCCCAUCUUGCGCACCGACGAGGACAUCCGCGCAUUAGAGUACGGCCUAACCCGCUUCCCCGCACUAAAGCGAAUCACCAUCACCGCCGCAACCCACGGCUUCCUAUACACCCCCCUAUACGAAACCCCCAUGAUCCGCGCCUUCCCCUACGGCUUCAACUACCCCACCCCCCGCGGCUGGCCCUGCGCCGCAGACGGCGACCCCCUCCCCUCAGCCGAAGACUGGAUCGACGAGCCCCACAAAAACAACUGGCGCGGCGCGCGCAAAGUCCUGCACACACUCGCGCACCACGCGCACCCCAUCACCGAGCUCGUCAUCGACGCGCGGUACCUGCAAACGGGGCUCAGCAGCCGCAUCUUCGAACAGCCGUGCGCCGAACACGCGAACCUCGUGGCCGUUCUGGGUAAACCCGGUUUCCGCCGUUUAGACCUCGAUCUCCUCGUAAACGCCCAGGAAUACCUCGGGUGGCCCUGCUUCCGGCGCGGAUUACUGCGCGCCGCACUGGCGAACGCGACGGGGUUGGAACACGUGACGCUCCGGACGAAUGUGUGCCAUGAUCCUGAUGCGCGGGCUACGGUUCGGGGAAGCGCGGGGAGGAUUGAGAAUUUGGUUCCGCUGCGUACGGUGUUUCCUGUGGAGAAGUGGUCGUGUCUGCGACACUUCGGGUUAUCUAAUUUUCUCGUGGUGCAGGAGGAUGUGAUUGCGUUUUUGGCUGCGCUGCCGACGACGCUGAGGACUGUGGAGUUGAGCUUUUUGGGGUUUUUGGAUAAUGGGGGGUGUUAUAGGACGUUGCUUGAGGGGAUGCGGGAUACGCUUGACUGGAGGGGGAGAGAUGAGGAGGCGCGGCCGAGGGUUACGAUUGGGGUGGAGAUGGUGGCUCAGCCGUGUUCGGGACGCGGUAUUUGGGUUGAUAGGGAGGUUGAUGAGUUUUUGUAUAGGGGUGGGGAGAAUAUGUUUGGGCAGCGCGGUUGGGGGGGCAAUCAGAUUUGUUACGGGGUGGGAACGGUGAGGGAUGCGUUUGAUCCGGCUUUUGAGAGGCCAUGGGUUGAUUAUGAGACGUAUCAGAGGUUGGGGAUAUACAAGGGGACGCCUAGGCCUUUGAGAAAACCGGUGGUGUAG